AUCAAGCCCCUAGGCAUGCAGACUGCUUCUACAAACAUUGGUGAAAGAAUGGGUCGCUCUCAGGAGCUCAGUGACUCCAAGCGUGGUCCCGUGAUAGGUGGCCACCUGGGCAAUAAGUCCAUCCGUGACAUUUCCUGGCUACUAAAUAUUCCACGCUCAACUGUUAGUGGGAUUAUAACAAAGUGGAAGCCACUGGGAACAACAGCCACUCAGCCACCAAGUGGUAGGCCACGUCACAUGACAGGGCGGGGGGUCAGCGCAUGCUGAAGCGCACAGUGCGCAGAAGUCACCAACUGUCUGCAGUCAAUAGCUAAAGACCUCCAAACUUGGUGUGGCCUUCAGAUGAGCCCAACAACAGUGCGUAGAGAGCUUCAUGGAAUGGGUUUCCAUGGCCGAGCAGCAGCUGCAUCCAAGCCUUCCAUCACCAAGUGCAAUGCAAAGCGUCGGAUGCCGUGGUGUAAAGCACGCCGCCACUGGACUCUAGAGCAGCUACUUGUCUGACUGCAUUGUGCCAAGUGUAAAGUUU